UUGAUCGUGGAAUUCUUUUUUCAAUUGCAGGAGCAAAAAGAAAAAUCGAUGGGUGCUCUUAUGUCGAAGAUGUGGUUCAUGCUAUUCCCGGCGAAGGAGUACAAGAUCGUUGUGGUUGGCCUUGACAACGCAGGCAAAACGACGACGCUUUACAAGCUCCACUUGGGGGAGGUUGUCACCACACACCCAACCGUCGGCAGCAACGUUGAGGAGCUUGUCUACAAGAAUAUUCGAUUUGAGGUGUGGGAUCUUGGAGGACAAGACAGGCUAAGAACAUCAUGGGCUACUUACUAUCGAGGCACACAUGCUGUAAUUAUCGUGAUAGACAGCACAGAUAGGAGUAGAAUCUCCAUAAUGAAAGACGAGCUCUUCAGCCUUUUGCCGCAUGAGGAUCUACAGAGUGCAGUUGUACUUGUCUUUGCAAACAAACAGGACCUUAAGGAUGCUAUGACCCCUGCAGAGAUAACCGAUGCUCUUUCUCUUCACAGCAUAAAGAAUCACGACUGGCACAUUCAGGCUUGCUGUGCCUUAACAGGGGAAGGAUUGUAUGAUGGUUUGGGCUGGAUUGCACAGAGAGUUACUGGAAAAUCGACGAGCUAAAAUCUGAUUUACAGAUUGUGGUGGGAUUUAUGCAACUGGGAUUUUUGGUCCCGAUGUUUUGUGUUACAAGUAAUAUGGAUUAUGUAAUGUAUCAUCUGAUUGUGCAAUUCCUUGUGAGGUUUGAUAAUGUUUUGUUCAGUUUUAUUAAUGUUGGUUGUUUCCAUUUAAGAGGGAAGGAGUUUCUGAUACUUCAUUACACUAGUGUUUGUUGAUGAAGUUAUCGAUAAUUUGAUGUUUUGAGCUUUGUCACACACAUAGUUUCAGAACCUGGUCACCAAUUGACACUUCA